CGCCUGGGAGGAACGACAUCAGCUCACCAAAUGGAGCGGUGGACAGUGGACGAACUCAAAUCCGCAUCAAAUUCAUAAGAGUAGAGCUUGGAGCGCUUGCACUUUUCUUGUGAUAGUUUAAAAUCAACAUAUCGUAUCCAUUUUUACUAUCGAACUCAAUUAAAAGAAGUAUUAUUAUUGUGAUUUUUGUAUAUCAAUUGAGUAAACUAUGUAAAAUAAACGAUUUUUUAUAGUUUUAAUGUGUUCUCUUGUAACCCCGACUGUAUGUACUCUACUCGAUCGAUAUAACCAUACGGUUUUGACAGUUCAAUAGACGAGUGAUUUGUCUACCUUUUAAAUCAUAUAAAUAGGAUUUUUAUUAUAUUAUAAUACAGCGUCAUUAAUAUUUGAGCUUGGAAAUGUUCACAGAUUUAUUUCUGUAUAAUGGAAGCUUUGAGUUUGUAAAAUAUGAGAUAUGAUUCAGUCGGUAUACUAUAGGUUAAGCAUGAUUUUCCUAAAGUGACUGUAUUUCUUUGAAAUAAGCGAAAAUGGAUAAUGUUGCGACUGCAGAGUGUUUGACUCUUGAGUUUGGACCUUUUGAAACAGUCCAUCGCUGGCAACGUAUGCCAGAAUGUGACGAAUUUGUCGGUGCCAGGCGUAGCAAACAUACUGUUGUAGCAUACAAAGAUGCGAUAUAUGUUUUUGGUGGUGAUAAUGGUAAAAGAAUGUUGAAUGAUUUGUUACGAUUUGAUGUGAAAGAAAAGUCCUGGGGACGUGCAUUUGCAACAGGAAUACCUCCUGCUCCACGUUAUCAUCAUUCAGCAGUUGUGCAUGAUUCUUCUAUGUUUGUAUUUGGUGGUUACACUGGUGAUAUACAUUCCAAUUCAAAUCUCACCAAUAAAAAUGACUUAUUUGAAUAUCGAUUUCAAACUGGCCAAUGGACUGAAUGGAAGUUUAUUGGGAAAACUCCUGUUGCUAGAUCUGCACAUGGAGCUGCUAUAUAUGACAAUAAGUUAUGGAUAUUUGCAGGGUAUGAUGGAAAUGCAAGAUUAAAUGAUAUGUGGACAAUAUCAUUAUUACCUGGAGAACCAAGGAUAUGGGAGGAAGUUGUUCAGUCUGGUGACUGUCCACCAACAUGUUGUAACUUUCCGGUUGCCGUAGCACGUGAAUCGAUGUUUGUAUUUAGUGGUCAGAGCGGAGCCAAGAUAACUAAUAGCCUCUUUCAAUUUCAUUUUCGAGAGAAACGAUGGACACGAAUUUCAACUGAACACAUUCUUCGAGGUGCACCGCCACCACCAGCGCGUCGAUAUGGUCAUACCAUGGUCAGUUUUGAUAGGCAUCUUUAUGUAUUUGGCGGUGCUGCUGAUUCUACCCUACCUAACGAUCUUCAUUGCUAUGAUCUUGAUACCCAAACGUGGAAUAUCAUUUUGCCAUCUGCUGACAGUCAGGUUCCAUCCGGUCGACUAUUCCACGCGGCAGCAGUAAUCGGAGAGGCAAUGUUCAUUUUUGGCGGUACAGUUGAUAAUAAUGUACGAUCCGGAGAAACAUAUCGAUUUCAAUUUUCAUCCUAUCCAAAGUGCACUUUACACGAUGAUUUCGGAAGGUUGUUAAAUGGACGUCUUUUUUGCGAUGUCGAAUUUGUAGUUGGUGAUUCAGAAACAAAAAUACCAGCGCAUAUAGCAAUGGUAACAGCUCGUUCUCAAUUUCUUAGAGCUCGUAUUAGGCAAGCACGAGAAAAGCGAGAUAAACAUUUAGAGGAAGUGUUUGGUAUUGUGGAUGUACCAAUCAAAGAUCUUCCUUUAUUGGAGGUGAGACUAACAGAUGCUGUACCGGAAGCUUUCGAAAUGGUAUUAAAUUAUAUUUACACCGAUCGAAUCGAUCCAACUAAAAGAAGCAAAAAUGGUUCGAAUAAAAGCGUCGAAGACCCAUGGAGCAAUCGAAUCGUGCUUCUUAUGAUGGAUGUGUAUCGUUUAGCUUUGGAAUUUAAUAUGAAACGAUUGGAACAACUAUGUGUUCAAUAUCUGAAGGCUACCAUUAGCCAUGCCAAUGUAUUAGAAGCAUUACACAAUGCUGCUCAUUUGAAACUGUAUUUCAUAAAAGAGUUUUGUCUAAAUUUCGUGGUGAAGGAGAGUAAUUACAAUGAGAUUGUAAUGAGCAAAGAAUUUGAAACUUUGGAUCAACCUUUGAUGGUUGAAAUCAUUAGGAAAAGGCAGAUGCCCCUGAGGGGAGUCUUUCAUAGACAAUGUGACCUUAGCACAGGGACAACGUUGGAACAAGAUAUGGAGGCAUUUUUGAAAAGCGUCGGUCGAGAAUUCUGUGAUAUAACAUUAAUGUUAGACGGCGUACCAAUUCCAGCUCAUAAAGCGAUUCUUGCAGCGCGGUGUAGUUAUUUCGAGGGAAUGUUCCGUUCGUUUAUGCCAGGAAAUAAUAUAGUGAAUGUAUAUUUCUUUCAGAUACAGAUCGGUGAAAUGAUUCCAUCUUCUGACUCGUUUGAUUCAUUGUUAAGGUACAUUUAUUACGCAGACGUUUCAAUGCCUCCUGAAGAUUCUCUGUAUUUGUUCACCGCGCCAGUGUUCUAUGGUUUCACGAACAAUAGAUUGCAAGCAUUUUGCAAACAGAAUCUUGAAAUGAACGUUACUUUUGAAAAUGUGAUACAAAUUUUGGAAGCUGCUGACAGAAUGCAAGCUGCGGAUAUGAAGAAAUAUGCUUUGAAUCUUAUUGUACAUCAUUUUACAAAGGUUGCAAGGGUUCCCAGACUUAAACAAUUAAGUCGAGAACUAUUGUUGGACAUUUUGGAAGCAUUGGCAGAUGAACGUAGCGAGGCACGAACGUGUCAAGAUAUGGCAAAUGAUUGCUGACUGAACUUUGCCUCGUACCGUCGGCCUGCAAUCGUACAAGCAAGGACAUUUCAGUACCAUGGACCAGCCUUGACAACGUCCAUGGAAAAUUUUAUAUUAAAGUACGCAAAUUAAGAAGAGGAGACUGUACAAAUAUUUUCUACUUGAAACGUCGCCGGUGAUCAAAUAUUGUUACAAAUAUAUGUAUAUUUAAAGGUUUUAUAAAGUGACAUAAUUUAUUGAA